AUGUCGACGUACCGAGGCCAAACGCCGCCCUCCUCCCCCGUCGACCCCCGCAUCAUCUCGUUCUUCGAGCACUUCUACGCCGUGUCGGACAACCCGACGGCGCACGAGGAGUACGCGCAAUUGCUGACCGCCGACGCCGACUUCAUUAUGGGCAGCAAGAAGGUCCAAGGCUACGACGCCAUCCUGGCGGCCCGCAAGGCGCUGUGGUCCGGCCCCGUGCAGACGCGGCACCACAAGCUCGACAAGAUCUUCCCGUUCGGCCAGGGCAGCAGAGAGGUCAUGCUGUACGGAACCGUCGACUACGGCCUCAAGAACGGAAAGGCUGUCAGUAUCGACUGGGCCGGUAAGGCUGUGCUGGUUGAUGUCGACGGAGAGCUGAAGAUGGCGUUUUAUCAGGUCUAUUUGAGCUUCAAGUCCACGCCUACAUCUAUGCCCCAGAGCCCAGAACCCAGAGCCCCGAGUCCAGAGCCCAUGCUAGAAGUCUGCAAGUCUUGA